AUGGCUUCUUCAUCUAAGCAACAAGUUGGUUCGUCCUCUCAACAACAAAAUCAAGAUCAACUACACCAACAACUUGUUCCACAGAAGACUUGCUUGAUUCCAAUGGAUGAUUUGGAAGUUAUUUGUGAAAUGAUGGUUGAUUUUGACAAUCUGGAAGCACAUGACAUUCAUCUGAAGGAUGACAUGAUUUCUCAAGGAUGGCAAGCAUUCUUCUACGGUUUGUGUGGACCAGUUUAUCUAGAUUUGGUCAAAGAAUUUUGGGUUCAUGCAACAGUCAUGCCUAAAGCUAUUCUCUCCAUCGUUCAUGGUGAAUUGUUCUCCAUUACUGAAAAUCUAUUAAGAAAACUGUUUGGUUUAGAAAUUGUUGAAGGUGUUUCUGUAGCAGUUAUAGGAAGAACAGAUUGGAAUGAUGUGUAUGCAGAGAUCUUCAAGUCUGGCAAAGAAUCUACAGAAAUCAAGGAACUGAAGUCUCCUUACAGAAUCUGGGCUAAGAUUCUUCUGGGUUGCAUCUAUCAUAGAAAGGCAACUGUCUCCUCCAACUAUGCUAACAAGGACUGUCAUACCCCAAAAUUUUCCCAUCUUAUUUCUCUUAAAACAAACUCAGAUCAAAGUACAAUAACUCAAAGACAUCCCUCAUAA